GUCGCCGCUAGCUGAUCAGUCCCGCAGCCCCCCGGGGAAGCGGUUGAGGAAGAGGGGGUGAUGGUAAGCUUGCCAGAAUAGACCUCUGGAAGCAUAAGCGUGGCUCCAGGACAGGUUUGUCCAGCUCUCUGUCUCUGCUCAUGCAGGAACCGGCCUUGCUGCCACUGUUUUGCCUUGAUCUCAGUGACACUGUUUGGGGAACACAACUGAUUUCCCCUGAGCACGUCAUUUGGCUAUAACUUGCGUCCUGGAUUAAAAGGAAAAACAAAGAGAGAUGGCCAUCCGAUAUAUCAAGCUCAAGUCCCUGUGGAUUUAUGUUUUGAAUCAUGAAAAACUAUAGAAAAAACUUACAAUGGAGACUCUACCUGUGGUGAGUUUGGAGGAAAAUAAGUCUUGGACACAUUUAGGAUUGCACGAUCUGAGUUUUUCAACGAAAGAGCCAUCUGUAGAAAGUGCUGCCCCUUCUGAUAACGACCUGCCAGACCACAGAGGGGAGGAUUUUAUCCCCGAAGCCCAAAGGUUAACGGCAGAGCGCGAGGACGAUAAACCCGGUGCCAGUGAGAUUUCUGAUUAUGAUGAUUAUAACAAUGUUGGAUAUUCAAAAUGCUUUCAAGAGCCUAAACACUUCUCUGGGGAAAGAUCUCUGGAUGCUGCUCAGCUUCUUGAAGAAAACAUCGUGUUCGUGUCACCUCCGUCGGAUAAAGACUGCUCCUGUAACUUUCCGCCGCCUGCUCCUGCAGCAGACAUCCAGUCAACCUGCAGAGCUCAGAAUCAGCCGGGUCAGGCACUGGAUUUAAUCUCUAAAUGUGUAAAAACAGACUUCAAGAAGCCGAGGUCAAUUUCUAAUGGCCCCAUUCUUAAAUUAGACUCCACUCCAGCCCGUGUGGUCGCGGCUGACCAAGCCCAGGGAGUCCUGGAUCUACCACACAUUGUAAAGCAGGACAGCGCCAUCACCUUCUCAGACUGCACCCGUCCUGUAAGCAACAGUCCCGGUCCUGUCCAUGACGGCUCUGACAACGAAGGAUCAUCUCAAAACGGGGAGAGAGAAGAUGAUGAUGGUCUCCACCGUGAUGAAGAUGAUGAUGAUGAUGAUGUAUUCCUAGAUCUGCCUCACAGUAGAAACCUCCACGUGAGUCCCAGACACAGACACACAGACAAACACAUCGUGAAGAGAAAAGGUUGUUUGGGAGCAGAACCAGAUAUCGACGGCAGCUCUGGUUAUGAAGCAGAGGAGGAAACAAGCAGUAGGGAGGAGUCUCCACUCGUCAAGUCUCCUUGGUCAGAGUCGAUGAGCCAGCUGAUGUGGAAACUUGACCAGCUCAAUCAGGAGAUAGAGGAAGCCCUGAGUGCAAGCUCCUCCCCCUCCGACACGCCUUGCACGACCCGCAAGAAACAGUGUGGUGCCGUUCCAAAGUUUGCAUUGAACCAAACGCUGAAUGACGAAGCUCUCCAAAGACCGGACGGAGGGGAAUGUCAGAGCAGGGACAGGUCUUCUGCUCCUCACAGCUUCUCAUCGGGAACAAGAGCAAGAACCAAGAAGACAAUGUUCAAUAAGAUGACUAGCCCAGCAGAUGCAGAAAUUGAAGCGAAAGAGGCGUGUGACUGGCUGCGGGCAGCAGGAUUUCCCCAGUACGCUCAGCUCUUUGAAGAUUCCCAGUUCCCCAUUGACAUAAUACCUGUCAAGAGAGAUCAUGACUUUCUGGACAAAGACCUGGUGGAGCCUUUGUGCAGGCGUCUCAACACACUGAACAAGUGUGCCUCUAUGAAACUUGACGUCAAUCUUCCAAAAAAGAAAGGAGAAGACUCCGAUGAAGAAGACUUGUUUGCUAUCAGUGACAAAUGGACCUUUGAGUGGAGCAGCCGGCGUUGGUCCAGGCUGCAGGACAUUGACUGCUUGCUUCAAACCCCCGGAGAGGGCAAGACCUUCAGGGACGGCGUGCCUCUGAGAGCCACCACCAGCAGCGAGAGUGUUUUGACGGACCUCAGCGAGCCAGAGGUGUCUUCGUUGCACAGUGAGAGCAGCGGGGGCAGCGUCCACAGGGGAGUCAGCGCCGAGGACUCUGACUGCUCCAACCGAACCUGCUCAGAUUCGACAGCGAUGCCCGACUCCACGUCUGUCUCAAUGCUGCAUGCCCCCACAAAAUUUUCUCACUACGGUUCUUCGCCCAAUAAACAUGGGAAGACGAGCGGUAUCCGUGCCAAAGACUUCCUGAGGCGCAUGGAGGCCCUCCGGUCCCGAGGAACCCUGGGAAGGGCUAAUAACAAUAAGACGCUGGUCAUCAGUCCGCCUGUGUUGCAGCAGGAGGCCCAGGCGCUGAAGACAUUGCGGUGUGUCGAGAUCAUAAACGGAGAUGGCGGCGGUCCAGAACCAGCACCCAGCAAACUUCUCCCCCCCCAGUCCAGCAGUGAGGGCAGCAGUCACUCCAGCGGCAGCACGGUCAGCACACCCAGCCUGAAGGAACGAAAGCCCCACCGAGCCGACUACAAGCGCAGCGGCAUGUAUCUGGAGGACAUAGACAUCUUCUCAGGCAACCAAAUGAACAAAGUCACGGAACAAAACUGCAGAAAUGAAUUUUGCUCUUACGAAGACUUGGUGGUCCACAUUCCCAAAGACCACAAGCCGGGAACGUUCCCCAAAGCACUGUCCAUAGAAAGCUUGUCCCCGACCAAUGGAGCCUCCAUUAACUGGCACACUGGCAGCAUGCAUCUGGACUCGCCGCUCAUUUCCUGCAGGAGGGAUUCCAGGCCGGUCACCCAAUGCUGCUCCAGAGGCAGCCGGAUCAGCGUGUACGAUAACGUUCCAGGUUCACAUCUGUACGCCAGCACCGGAGACCUAAUAGACCUGGAGAAGGAGGAUCUGUUUCCCCACCUGGAUGACAUACUGCUUCACGUGAAUGGCCUGCAGCAGAUAGUGGACCACUGGUCAAAAAAUGUUUUACCCGGAGGAGAAGGGCCGCCCGGCAAAGCGAAGGGCGAGAAGGAAGACACGGUCGACCUCCAGUCUUCCAGUCAGAUCACGUUGGACUUUGAGGGAAACUCGGUUGCCGAAAGCCAGACGGCACAGAGCGACGGAGACAGAGACAAAUCAUCACUAGCUGAGACGGACUCUACGAGGCUCAGGGAAAGAAGGGACUCGGGAGUCGGUGCCUCACUUACAAGACCCAAUAGGUUACGAUGGCCCAGUUUUCAGAUAUCCAAUCGCAUCAGUCACUCAGUGGCAUCCCUGCAGAUAACAAACCAGUCAGCAGGCCAGCUGAGUUUGUUACAGAAGUUUUCUCUGUUGCGCCUCACUGCAAUUAUGGAGAAGUACUCUAUGUCAAACAAGCACGGCUGGACUUGGUCUGUGCCAAAAUUUAUGAAGAGAAUGAAGGUACCAGACUAUAAGGAUAAGAAUGUAUUCGGAGUGCCGCUCAUCGUGCAUGUGCAGCGCUCCGGACAGCCCUUGCCUCUUGGCCUGCAGCAGGCCCUGCGAUAUCUGAGGAGCCAGUGUCUCGACCAGGUGGGUCUGUUUCGUAAAUCAGGGGUGAAGUCCCGAAUUCAGGCUUUGAGGCAAAUGAAUGAAAACUCUCCAGACAAUGUGAACUACGAGGAUCAGUCUGCCUACGAUGUGGCCGACAUGGUGAAGCAAUUUUUCAGGGAUUUACCUGAGCCCCUGCUCACCAGCAAGCUGGGGGAGACCUUCCUCCACAUCUACCAGUAUGUGCCAAAGGACCAAAGGUUGCAAGCUGUUCAAGCAGCAAUUAUGUUAAUGUCGGAUGAAAACCGAGAGGUGCUGCAGACGCUCCUCUGUUUCCUCAGUGAUGUCACUUCCUCCGUGGAGGAGAAUCAGAUGACGCCUAUGAACAUUGCCGUGUGCCUGGCCCCCUCCCUCUUCCACCUCAACAUACUGAAGAAGGACAAUCUCUCACCAAAGGCCAUGCAGAAGAAGUACGCCACAGGCAGACCAGACCAGAAGGAUCUGAAUGAAAACUUGGCAGCGACGCAGGGUCUCGCUCAUAUGAUCAUAGAGUGCAAUCGUCUCUUUGAGAUUCCUCAUGAGAUGGUUUCUCAGUCGCGCAAUUCCUACGUGGAGGCCGACUUGCAUGCACCAACGAUUGGUGAACUGUGCAAACAGCUAGAGGAAGAUGAUGGAACGUACCAAACACAUAUGGAGGGGAGACUUCAGAACCUGCUGAAAGAGGCUCGGGAAAAGUCCAAAUCCUGGGUGUCGUGCAGCAGCUCCGACAACACGGAACUGAACUACAAGAAGGUGGGAGAUGGGAACCCUUUGAGACGUUGGAGAGUGUCCGUGGAGGUGGAGGCGCCGCCGUCCGUCGUGUUGAACCGGGUGCUGCGAGAGCGCCACCUGUGGGAUAUAGACCUGCUCCAGUGGAAAGUAUUGGAGACGCUGGACAAACGGACAGAGGUGUUUCAGUAUGUCCUCAACAGCAUGCCACCUCAUCCCAGCAGGGACGUUGUCAUUCUCAGGUCUUGGAGGACAGACUUGCCCAAAGGUGCUUGCUCCCUGGUUUCCGUGUCCAUUGAGCAUGAGGACUGUUCUCCUAAAGGAGGGGUACGAGCCAUAGUCCUGGAGUCCAGCUAUCUGCUUGAACCUUGUGGCUCAGGAAAGUCCAGACUUACUCACAUCUGCAGAGUGGACAUGAAGGGAAGGACUCCAGAUUGGUACAACAAAGCAUUUGGUCAUCUUUGUGCUGCAGAAGCUGCCCGAAUCCGCAACUCCUUUCAGCCGCUAAUCGCCGAUGGCCCAGAGACCAAAAUCUGAAGUCUGUUCAGCUUUGACAUCAAGAUUGAGCCUUUGAGUCGCUGCUGACAGGCAGACACAAAAAAACAUAAACAGGACCCCAGAACUUAAGCACAGUAUAUUGUUUUUGUGUGUGUGUGUGUGUGUGUGUGUGUGUGCGUGUGUGUGUGCGUGCGUGCGUGCAUGUGUGUGUUUUUUGUACAAAUGCUCUGAAUAUAAUUUCAAGCCUCUGUGUACUUGCACAAUGACAAAAAGAGGAUGUUUUAUAGGUGCUGAGCAUAAUUAUUCAUUGGAAAAUUAAUCAUCCUGCCAGUGUCCUUGACAUUAUGAUUUUAUUUACCUAUGAUGUUGCUAAACUUAUAUGUCAGAAUAAUUAUCUUUUAAUAAUAUUAUUGCGUUAUUGCUACUAUCAUUUACAAUGUCUAGGACAUUCAAGCUCUUAAAUGCUUCUGAGAAGCAUGUAUGUUAUUCUUUUCAGAUUUAAAGCUAUAAUUAUUACGAUGUACACUCAAGUGUCUGUAUAUAGAUGUGUGUGUGAAUAUGCUGCAAGUGAACACAAACUGUAUAUGUUGUACAUAUGUGAAGGGUAAAAGUGCAUAUGUUAAUUUCCUAUAUAUUGAUUGUUUAACUGUGCCAACCAUCCUCUAAUACACAUGGUACAAGAUUGUAAGCUGGUUUUACUCUUCCUCAGUAUUGACAUUUUUGAAAUGGGUGUAAUUUUAUUAAACUUUGACCUCCAGUGGUUGUGGAGUGACUUAAGGUCUGACUCGAUCAUACCUGCUUUAGGGUACUAUAUUAUACAGUCAGGUACAAGAGACGUUUUUUAAAUAAACUUAAAAAAAAA